CUGUGUCGAAUGGUCCAACGGCAAGCCUUCAGUUGUGUCACCUGAGGUUAUAAAUCCUCACCCGCAUUUCACUCAGCUUUCAAACAAGAAUGCAGCGCCAUCGUUCUGACUGACGGAGAUGAUGCUCUCGCUACAAGCGAUUUUGACAGGGCUAUUGACUUAUACUCGACCGUGAUCGAUCUAAAUUCUCCAUCCGAUGCUGUCUUUGCAAAUCGUAGUAAGGCAAAGUUGGGAAAAAUGAUAUGGGAGGAUGUGCUUCUCGACGCGCAAAAGGUGACCGAACUCAAUCCUUCGUCUCACGUUGGAUACCAUUUGAUACAUGCAGCGUUGCGUGGCGCGCAACGUUACGAUGAAGCCAUCGAAGCCUUCAAAAUCAUGUUGUCGAAGUUAGACUAUUCUCCCGAAGCGCGGAUGCGAGACCUGCGUCAGCAGUAUGUGCAUCCAUAUGAAGCAGAGGACGCUAUUGAAAGAGUUGUUCGGACUGAACUCGAAAAUGUUCCGCUACGUCUACUUAAUACCUCCACGGGUCUUUUGUGCGAUCGAGCGGCACAAAUAAACGCCUUCAAAAUGACUGCGAAGUACAAGGAACUUUUGUCAUUUACAACAAAACAUUCCGACCUCAAGAUGGACCGCAUUAAGGGGUGGGAAGAGAAGGAGGUGCUGCUGCCCGACAUCCAAUAUAAAGAUGUGCGCGAGUUGAAGGGAAUUUGUGGCAUCGCGAAACUGCAGUCGUUCUGCGAAGUCGCUCGUGAUGACAAGAGGAGUAAUACCGAGGUUCAAGAAUCGGUCAACUCCAUGUUCGUCUGGUACCACCAUUCAGCGCUCACCAUCGUCUACCUAUGCGACGUUCCUCCUUCAUCUCAGCUUGGCGCACUGGCGAGGAGUGUUUGGAACGAGCGGGGAUGGACCUUUCAAGAAUUCGUCGCUCCGAAAGUUGUUAUCUUUUAUCGGAAGGAUUGGUCUUUAUAUCUCGACGAUCGCUCUCCUAACCACAAAGAGUCCCCUGCAAUCAUGAAGGAGUUGAAAGAUGCGCGGACCCUGGUGACCUUCCGUCCAGGUAUGAGCGGGGCCCGAGAGAAACUGCAAUGGGCAUCGAAGCGCGUCACCACUGUGCAGGAAGACGUUGCGUACGCAUUAUUUGGCAUCUUUGGCAUCUCCCUACCUGUCAUUUAUGGCGAGAAGAAACAGAACGCGCUCGGGCGGCUCCUGCAGGAGAUCGUGGCUCGAUCGGGCGACAUCACUGUCCUCGAUUGGACUGGAGAACCUUCCGAGUUCAAUAGCUGUCUUCCGGCCCAUAUCACCUCUUACGCCACUCCCCCACGCACCCUUUCACCCUUGUCUGAAGAUGAUAUUCACACGCAAGUCUCUUCGCUGCGACAAACUGUGCAUACAGAUCUAGCCUUGAAAUUGUAUGACCAGCUUGAACAGCUUAGAGCUCCUCGCUUUGCAAACUGCAGACUUCAGCUGCCUUGCAUUUCAUUUCGUGUCACGGAAGUCAAACGGAGGCGCGGUCUAGCCCAGCAGACUCCCAUCACUUAUGAAAUCAAGGCAGAAAGACUUCACGACCUGCUGGUAACCACUGAAGAGGCUUUGUUACGGGCAAAGCUCACUCGGCGGACGUUUUUACUCAUCCGUCCAUGGGAUCGGCAUCUCCUCGGGGUACCUGACUUCGCAGACGACACAGAGAGCAUAGGAGACUUUACCGAGCCCGGGUCACCGAUGGACGACUCUGACGAGUCACUCGGUGGUUCGCUUGUUGAAGAGGAACCUCGCUCACGAGCGUUGCGGCUAAUGGUUCGCCUCGGACAGCCUUUCGACGCAUUUUUACUAGUGCAGCAGCGUGUCGGAGAAUACAAGAGGAUCGCGUCAGACUAUAACAUCAUUGCACAAGUCAAAGACAUUGCAUCGGUUGAUAACAUGGACGUCGGUACGGUAGAAAUACUCUAG